UCGUUUUGUCAGUAGAUAACCUUUAAUUUUGAAAGAUCAUUCAAAAUUGAGUUUACAUUUUAUAUUAAUAAUUUUACUGUAUAGUUUGUAUAUAUCGCAAUUUAGAAAUGGAAGUUGAUGACAUAUCACAACAAGCUGACGAAAUUGAAGUACUCAAGUCAAUUUACGAAAAUGAAUGGAUUGCAGAGGAUGGAAGUGGAUCAUUCACUAUGAAAAUAUCGCCAUCAGUUAAAUUAUUUAUUACAUUACAGCCAGGAUAUCCCUCUAAAAACCCACCAAAAUAUGAAUUGAUGGCGCCUGAAUUGACUACUGACGAGAAACAUAAGCUCUACAAAGAAUUCAAAACUAUAUAUGAAGAAAGUAUGGGAAGUCCCAUUUUAUACCAAUGGAUUGAAAAACUUAAGGAAUAUACUAUUUACAAACCUAAGAGUAAAAAAGACAAAGAGAAACUUGAUGAACCUCUUACUAAAAAUAUUCUCAAGCCAGUUGUUGAUCUUCAAAGGUUUUCUAGAGAUGUUGUUCAUGGUCCAAUUAUAGAAGACCGUAAAAGUGUAUUUCAGGGACAUGUAUGCGCUGUAUUUAAUGAGAAUGAUGUUAAGGAUUUUUUAGAGUUCUUGAUGGAAAAUAAGAAAAUAGCACAAGCUACUCACAAUAUAUAUGCAUAUAGGAUUACUAAAAAUUCGUCAUUUUUACAGGAUUGCGAAGACGAUGGUGAAAAUCAUGCCAGCAAAAGAGUUUUACAUUUAUUGCAGUUGCUCAAUUUGGAAAAUGUUAUGGUUGUUAUAUCCAGAUGGUUUGGAGGCAUACAGCUUGGUCCAGACAGAUUCAAACAUAUAACAAAUGCAGCCAGGCAGGCCUUGGUGCAAGCUGGAUUCAUAAAAUAACUAUUAUUUAUUAUUUUAAGAAACAAUUCUAUGUAUAUAUUUUUAUUGAUUCUAUAAUUAAUUGAAUAACAUUGAAGAAUGUUAGAUGAAAAAUUUUAUUAUAAUAUUAAUUCAAAAAAAUGUGAUAAUACUUAUACCACUCUUUUAUUUUUACAUCAAAAAAUAUUUGGAACUGUUCAAGAAAAUAAAAUUUUUACUCAACUCGAA